GCUGGAGCGCGGCCGAAGCUCGGGCAGGUCAACAUAUAACCCCAAAAUUAGAUUUAACUUGUUCUUCUGUAUACCAGAUUGUUUUCAGAUAAGUGUUUGAACACAGCACAUGUCUAAGUAUGCACUCUGCUAAUAUGCUUCUCAAAAAAAUUUUAAGAAGUUCUGUCCUUCCAUUUGCUGCACAACAUGGGAUGAAAAAGGAUUUGUUUCCACUCAGUAGAACUCUGAGUUUAUCACUUUGCCUGAAGCAGGACAAUUCAUGCAGUCCCUCAGAAAAACUAGAUUUAGAUGCAUGGAAGAAGGUAAUGAAGUCUGGGUUGCAAGAAGAAGUCAAUGAGACGGUCUCUGAGCGUAAGGAGCUUUCCACAUUGGCUGCUGCACGUGAGAUUUUGGAGAUGUGGAGACUAGCUGGCAGAUCGGUUCCAGAAAAUAUCAGUGAAGAACAGCUAAAGACCUUUAUGGAAUGUCCUUCCAAGUCAGCCAAAAAGAAGUAUUUAAAAUAUCUGUAUCUCAAAGAACUUUACAAGAAAAGCGACAAAAGAAAGGUGGACGAGAAAAGGGAAAGGAGGCUGGAAAAACUAGAGCAAGCUUCAAAAACUGAUGAUACCAGAAGGAAUUCAUUUGUGUGUUUGUGGGCCAACUGUAUGGAUAGAGCAUACAGUUGGAGGGUUGCUCAGUCUAUGAUCUUUGGCCAACCUCUAGUAUUUGACAUGUCUUAUGAAAAAGAUAUGUCCAUCCGAGAAGUCGCAAAUACAGUGAGACAGAUAGUAUUAAGCGAAGGCUGCAAUCGCAGAUCUGUGGAUCCGUUCCAUAUCCACUUCUGUAACUUCAAAGAUGAUAGCCUCUAUCAUAAGGAAUUUAUCAAGCAUUAUAGAGAGGCAUGGGGCAAAUUGCUUAUCACUGUGACAGACCAGUGCUACACAGAAGUCUUCCCAAAGGAUAAGCUUAUCUAUCUGACUGCUGAUUCUCCCAAAGUAAUGAAAACAUUUGAUCACAAUAAAAUCUAUAUUGUUGGGUCAAUGGUUGACAGGAGCAUAAAAACAGGAGUCUCUUUAGCACGGGCAAAGCGAUUGGGGCUGGAGACUGCAGCCCUUCCAUUGGAGAAGUACUUGCUUUGGAAUACUGGUGCCAAAAAUCUCACACUGGAUCAAAUGAUGCAUAUUUUAUUAACCUUGAAAGAUACUGGAGACUGGAAGGCGGCUCUGGAAUUUGUUCCGAAAAGGAAAUAUUGUGGCUUUGUAAGCAAGCCUGUACAUGAACUGAAAAAAACCUUAAACCUGAUCAACACACUUAAACUUGGAAAGAGACAGGAAGAAGUACGAAAGCAAUUUGCCAAGAACUACUCUAAGAAGCUAACGCAAAAAUAGAGUGAUGGGGAAGAGAAUGUUUUUGGUUUUGUUUUUUUUUUUAAUGGGCAAACUGUGCCCUUGAAUGUUCCAGUUUCUCGGGACUUUUGGAACUGUAUUCAGCUCUUUAUCUCUAAACAUGCCUUUGUUGGUUAAGUUUGAAAGGACUGUUGUUAGGGAUUUUUUUUUUAAAUUACCUUAGUAUUCCAGCUGCUUAAAUUUAUUCACACAUUAUUGAAAUUAAGUAAGAGAAAUGAGAUAAUCUGUUCUAAAAAAUUACUCUGUACAAAGAAUAUCAGUCUCUUCAGUUGAACCAUGCUGGGAUAAGGGUGAUUGUAACUGAAUGUGAAGGUUGUUCUUCAGCGAACACCUCAGUGCUUUGGGUUUGCAGUGGGUGGGGGCCAUCCACAGUCUUUAUUCUGAAAGGUUAGCUAAGAUGAAAUAGAAGAGACCUUCCCCUGUUACCUCCUGAGUCCUCUUUUGGCAGGUAGAUGAAUUGACUUUUGAUAGCUGAAGUAAAAACAAAUGGUUAAAACAUAGCAUGAGUUUGGGGAGUUGCACAGUUUGUUUCUGGGUGUUCUAUCUGGCAUGAAUCAAGUUCCUGUUUGGAAGGAAUAAGCCAAAUUUCUUGACCCUGCAAGAAAAAUACCUUAUGUACUUUUGUGUAAGACUUUUAUCCCGAGUGCCUGUGUUUUCAGUCCAUGUAAUGUAGAUUUCCCACAGUGCUGGAACUUUUGAGAUGAUAAACAGUCCCAUUAGUAAAUACUUACAGGAGCAGAGAGCCUUUUAAUAUUUCUCACAGCUGAAAAUGUAUUGAUUGGUCUCUCUGUGAAAGUCUGUGUUCUGGCUGCAGAGCUAUAACAGGCAUGUUGUUAAAUACAGUUCUUUCUGCUGUCUGUAGGACGAGGAGGUCUUUCUUUACGGGUGCUUAAAUCUUUUUGAUUUAGGCUAGUUGACUACCCUGAUGCUUAAAGUCAGUGAUGGCGGGUGGUGGGUUUUGUCCUGAAAAUUCAAAAACUAGGAGCGGGGAGUGUAAUUUCAAAGAGUAGACUUCAAAUAUACCAGGGGCUGGUGGUGAUCCACUCCCUCUCUCGCCUCCUACUACACGCUGCUGCAAGGAGGGGUUGGAAGGCAGAGGAUGCGCUACCCCAAUGCUGCGCUUCGCCGCCUGUGAACUGCGGGGGCCUGUGGGCAUGGAGAGCCCCCUGGUUUGGAGAAAGACCUGCUUCCUUUCGGCUGCCCGUGGCUGGGUAGUACGCAAAGCUUCGCCCUGGGGUAGUGCUUCAGGCACGGCGGAAGGAAGGCAGCCUCCCAGCUGCCUGUCGAGCCCUCGGGUGCAAGACCGGCUGCGUGAGGGUGCGGCUGCCCGACUCGGGACAGCGACUCUUUUUCCUGACGCGAGGAAGGGGGAGCCGUGUGCUGCUGGAGCGUGCCUCAUGGGAUUUGCUGUUUCUCCAUUAAAAACACACCCUUCUGAUCUGUGAACUGGUUUGCACUUUGGGGAGGGGGGGAAAAUGAU